AUGGAAGCGAAGCUCAAUUCUAUUCUUCAGAAUCACGUUGCCACCGGCGAGGACACCAAGGGCAAGCUCCUCGGGGUUUCAUUUCUUGUCGUUACAAAAGAUGAUAUCCUCUUCUCCGGAUCUGCGGGACGCAUCGCUCUAGAGACGUCGUCCCCCGCCUGGACCGACAAGUCCCUAACCUGGAUCGCAUCCAUGUCAAAAUUGAUCACCAUCUCCGCGAUGAUGCAACUCGUAGAAAGGGGCCUCAUCGGCCUUGACGACGACGUCAGACCUCUCGUGAAGGAGCUUCGUGAGGUGCAGAUUCUCAAGGGUUUUGACGCCGAUGACAAACCUUUACUUGAGCCCAACACGAAACCAAUGACAUUUAGACACCUCCUCACCCACACCGCAGGCUACGGCCUCGACCUAGCCGACCCAGACCUCAUAAAAUGGUCCAAAGUCACCAACCGCAAGGUAAACGGCCAAUCCUGGUCCGUCGAUGGCAUCAACGUACCAUUGAAAUUCGCCCCCAGUGAAGGCUGGUACUAUGGCUUCAGCACCGACUGGGCCGGCCGCGUCCUCGAGGCCGUCACCGGCAAGACUCUCGGCGCAUACCUCCAGGAAAAAGUUCUGGAUCCCCUGGGCAUGAAAGACACCGGAUUCUGGCCCGAGAGGCUGUCGGCGCAUAGGGAGUUGACUCCUUACAUGUAUCGGCGGAAGAACGGCGAGUUGAAGGAGGGGGAGCCGAUGUUUAAUGCCAAGGAGCAUGAGAUUGAGAGUGCCGGCUCGGGAUUGUUCACGACGCCGAGGGAUUAUGCCAUGUUUUUGAGCGGGUUGAUGGCGGGGAAGGUUGUAAAGAAGGAGACGCUGGAGUUGAUGCUGACGCCGCAGUUGGACGAGGCGCAGGAGCACAUGCUCAAUUUGAUUGCGGAUAUGGUCAAGGAGCAGUUCGCGCCGGAGUGGCCGGGAAAGCCCAAGCUGAACCACGGCAUCGGAGGUGUGAUUAGCCUGGAAGAUAUCCCUGGCAAGCGAAACAAGGGCAGUCUUGCUUGGAGCGGCGCAGCGAAUUCGAGAUGGUGGUUUGAUCCCAAGGCGGGCAUUGCUGCGGUGGUGAUGACGAAUGUUCAACCUCACGGCGAUGCUGUCAUGACGAGUCUCUGGGACCAGCUUGAGAGGGCAGUCUACGAAAACCUCCGCUCUUCCGGUUCUUAA